GUUAAUUAAUGCUUAAGUUAUAGAUUGACCUGGUGUUAAAAAAAAAUAAUUAAAAUAAAAAAUGGUUCACUCUAGUUGCUGCGUCGUCGAUUGCAAAAACACCGGCAGAAAUAGUAACUAUAAAUUUUACAGAUUUCCAACAGCAAGUUGGAAAUUGGAAAAAAGAAAACAAUGGAUCAAUGCAGUUAAAAGAAAAAAUCCUGAUGGAUCACCCUGGACACCAAAGCCAACUGACUGUAUUUGUAGCGCUCAUUUUGUUGGAGGUAAAAAGGCAGAGGAGGUUGCAAGUCCAAGUUACAUUCCAACCAUAUUUCCUUCGGUUUACAAAAAAUCAAAAAUUAACGAGAAAACAGCUCUAAGCAGGCAUGCGCGUUUUUUGAACCGGAGACUAGCCGAAAAAGAAAAAACUCUGAUCACAAGUAGCAACAAUGCAUUAAAAACUUCAGAAAAUAAUAAGAUUAUCAUCGACAAUGAAGUAAAUGACGUUACCGCUGUAAGGGUAAAAGUUGACAAAAGUUGUCAAAUUGAUUUUUAUUCUACCUCAAACGAAACCGACAAAACAUUCAUUUGCAAUAGAUACAUUUACAAUCAUACCGAUAAAUGCGAUGCCGAAAUCCAAACAAAUAUAGCGGAAGUAACAAAACGUAGAAUCAUAAUUGGUAAACCCAAAUGCAGUGACAAGCAAUGCGGUACUCCAACUAAAACUUUCGUUGAUCAAUCUACUGAAACAUCUGUAAAAACAUUUGUUGGCUUCGAUUCAAUUGAAAAAAAUGAGCAGCUGAUGGAAUUAGCUGGUGUUACAUUUAAUAAUUUCGAAUUAUUGUUCAAUUUAUUGAGUACUUCGACGAAAUUUACUGUUGCCAAAAAUAACAGACUUUUUAUUUUCUUAAUGAAAAUAAAAACAGGCCUCACAUUUUCAGCUCUGAGUGUACUGUUUAGUGUCCACAGGACAACAAUCUCUAGAAUUUUUUACUCAACUUUACAGACGUUGUCUGCGGCAACAGCUACUUUAAUUUAUUGGCCAAAGAUGAGCGAUAUUCAAGCAACAAUGCCAAAGUGCUUCUAUCCAAACUACUCAAAUAGUCGAGUGAUAAUCGACUGUACAGAAUUUAACGUCGAAAUUCCAUCCACUGUUGAUAGUCGCGAUUAUUGUUUGCCUAAUAAAAAAACUUUUACAGCAAAAGUUCUUAUUGGAAUCACUCCUGGAGGCUUUAUCUGUUUGAAAUCUAAGGUAGCUGGGGGCAAAAAAACUGAUUCGCAAUUAACUAUUGAAUCUGGGCUAAUGGACGAAUUGGAUGAAGGCGAUAAUGUUUUAAUUUGCAAAGAAUUCCUAGAAAUAAAAGCAGCAGUUGAUAAAAGUGGAAAAAAAGUAAAGAUUGUUAUGCCACCAGAUUUUGAAAAAAAAACAGUUUUAUCUGCUCAAGGUAUUAAAGAUACUGAUGACGUAGCUAAAGUAAGAAUCCACAUUGAGAAAAUAAUGCAACGAUUGCGAGGUUAUUCGAUCUUAGAUAAAAUAACCGAAAAUUUAUUUCAUUGCGUCGAUGAUAUCGUGCAUAUUUGUUGCGUGUUAGUCAAUCUACAGCAGAUGGUCAAUAAUAUAAAACCGUUGAGGUCGAAUGAAGAAAAAAUGGACGAAUAAAAUUUAAAAAAAAACUUGGAACUGUAUUUAGUUCAAAGCAAAACUCAACUUUGUAAGAUAGUUAUAUUUUUUCCAAAAUAAAAUUUUA